AUGGAGCAAUCACAAGGGCCGCCCUACCCAUCAAAGGUAGCCGGCGUAGGCGGAAGAGCCAUGCCUAUACCAGACGUCCCAAUCGCCUCUGUACUUCUGGUCUUCUAUGUUGGAUCCGCGAUCGGGAACAUGACCAUACUCCAACUCAACAGACGAAAAGGCCACAAAUUCCUCCUCUCUGGGUUACUAUUCGGCUUCUCCAUGGCACGAAUCUUAACACUAUCACUACGAAUAGGAGUCGCAUACCACCCGACCAACGUCUCGCUCUCGAUUGCCUCGAUGAUCUUCGUCAACGCCGGUAUCCUCAUCGUAUACAUCGUGGAUCUCCUCUUCGUUCAACGAAUCAUUCGAGCUGGACAGCCUGAGAUUGGCUGGCAUCCUCUAUUCCGGCUUCUGUUCAAGAUCGUAUAUUCUCUGGUAGCGUUGGCACUGGUACUGGUCAUCGUCUUUAUCGUCCUUAGCUUCUACACUCUGGAAACGCAUCUCAGGACGAUCUGCCGAGACAUUCAAUUGGCUGCCAUUACUUGGUUACUCGUGGUCGCUGCUCUGCCGCUUGUGCUCCUUGUACUCGCAUGGGUCUUGCCGAAAUCUAAGAAUGCGCAGACUUUCGGAGCUGGUAGCAUGACAGCGAAGAGUCUGGUACUGGCCGUCUCCAGCACCCUCUGCACUCUUGGAGCCGGAUUCAAGGCUGGUGUCAAUUGGCAGGCACCGCGACCAAUCAACAAUCCUGCAUGGUACCACUCGAAGGCGUGCUUCUACGUCUUUUUCUUCGUGCUGGAGAUCAUUAUCCUGUACUUUUUCCUCGCUGUACGUGUGGAUCGACGAUUCCACGUGCCCGACGGCAGUAGUAAGCGCAAGACGUUCGAAGUCGCCACAGAAGAACAGAAACAGAACGACGAGAAUGCGUUGGACCAUGAGUCAGACAUGGAUAAAGAGCCGGAGACAGACAAGGAAGCCACUGUAUAG